AUGUUCGGAGAACUUCGCGAAAAGCCCGCUGCAGAGUGUCCCAUCUGCUCCAAGAAGGAGUACCCGAAACGCAGCGAUCUACUAUGUGGGAACUGUGUCCAUGACCUGAUUGAAAUCAUUCGAAAUUCAGUAGUGGAGAACGAACGAGCAAAUUCGAUCUUGAGAAAUGAUAUAAAUGUCGUUUUUGCUGCCUGUGAGAUGCUUCGCUCGCGUAGAAUGACAGAGAAUGACUUUGCUAAGCUUCGUCUGGCUUUUGGAGCAGAUCUCCCGCCGGAUGUCAUUUUCAACGAUGUUAGUAAGCCAGAUUUGCCAUUCCCACGGUUAGUAGCCGUUAAGAACUUGGCAUUCCAGCUCCAGAAGUUGGAUACGGUAAAUAUCCGGUCGAAAAUCGCCGGUGUUCAGGCCACUCACGAGUCUUUACAAGUAAAAGUGGAGUCACUAGAGGACAGAGUCAAACAGCUACGAGAGCAGAUUGCGAGGAAGCAAAAUCUCAUUGUGAACAAAAGAGAAGAGCUCUCCACAAGUUACAUGAAGAAAUCGGAUGCUGUAGAUGUGGAUAUCUUCCGAAUUCAGGGCAACGGCAUGAAGUACGUGCUCAAACAGGCAGUCAACCUGCAAGUUCGGAACUACCAGGUUUUGAAAGAAAUUGCAUUUCCUAAUUACGAGAAUUGGAAGUUAGCCAGUGGUACCCGCAAGGCUGGGAAGACCAAACUAGAACUUUUUGGUCAGCCCAUCAUCCAACUACCGACGUUUCUCUCUAAUAACAAAUUGGAGACCAUCAACAUGUUUCUCGAGAACCUAAUUUAUCUUCAAGUAUUGCUACACGACAUGCUAACCAUCAACGAUAAUGCGAUGGACCUACCUUACCUCGAUACCCUCAAACAGCUACUUCCAGACAGCAACUUCUUUGAUCUUGUGCAAAAGAAGUUCAGUUUCAUAGUCAACGAUCCAGAGACACUUACUGCUCCCGAAUCCAACGGAAGUAGUACCCCCGCUUCAGAAUUGGAUCCCCAAGAUAGACAGGUGGAAUUGGCCAAAGAUGGAAGUGAUAAGAUUGUCAUCAAGAACAAUGUAAUCCACAUUCCAAUUUCCUUUCGGACGGUAAAUCUUCAACGCAGAGUGUCCCUAAAGAGCCCCGAAAAAGAGUCCUUCUCACUUGAUACAGUGGUGACCUCUGAAAGCAAUGAGGAGACAUUGCAAUCUCCAUCUCCCAAAAGCAAAACCAAGACCACUCGAUCUCUUUUGAAAGGAAAGCAAAUUGUGAUUGUGCCACACAAAAUUCUCACCAAGCCAUUCACUCGGCUUCUGUCUAAAGAAUACUUGCGUUUUCUACUGGUGAUAGUCAAGAUUGUCUUGAACUUCCAAGUUCUCUUGAAGUACACUCUAGAUAAAGUUCCGGAAAACAGGAUUCGUCGCCAAUCUUCAGGAAAUUCGCUCACAAAUACUAUCAAUCAGCUCCGAUUCAGCGGAGGGCUCCUUUCGAGUGUUAUUCUGGUCAAUGAUACCGAGAAGGACUCUUCGGUAUGUGAUUUCGAAGCCAUUUUGGCACGUAUUGCCGACAUGGAGCCUUACUUUAAGUACUUGGAAAGUGAGCAGCUAAGAAACCUCGAGCGUGAGAGAAUUUCUCGAACCAAUAGUCUGAUAGGGCCAACACUUCUGACCAGCACCUCACGCUCUGCACUCACUCAAGAGGUAGAAGAGUAUUUUGAUCAAGAUCAUUCGGUUUACCAGCCUCGAACACCUCCCGCCACGAAAGCGAAGGUUUCGAGAAUACGAGAUUUCUACGAUAGUUUAUUUGGCAACAAGCGCUCUCGGAAGGUGGAGCCAAGUGUGCCUGAGCAUCUGGUGUUGGAUCAGAACAUCUAUGGUCUCGUUAGCGAAACGUACCUGGAAAACAGUGACAAUGGCGAAAGCAAAAGUUCAGAAAGUUUCAGCCGAAAUGAAGCUAGUGGCGACUCUACAAUUAAAAAAACGGAAUUAAACCCAAGAGCUAUCAUGACUACAGUGCACCAGCUAAUUGCACAAGGAAACGGAGGAUCCCGAGCGCAAUCAUUGACAAGCGCGGGAGACGACGCUCUUAAAUUGGCUACGCUAUCAAUGUUGGAGGAGUCACGCCAUCAAUUGGAUGAUUGGGACGUUCUCAGCAGAAUGUACUAG